CAACAUUCUACAAAAACACGUGCGGGUUGUGUUUUGCUUUUGAUGUGGUGCGGGUGCGUCUCUUCGUGUGUACUCGGCCGUCGAGUUUAGGAAUGUGCACUCAACUGUAGGUGCGUGCCAGCAUUCUGACGAACAUGGACUCCUUGAAUAGGCUGGUCGUUCUUAUGAGAACAGCCGGGAAGGUUUCUUGCGGCAAGACACCCACGCGGUUGCACGUAGAGCGGUGGCUUCGCACGGCGGCGCGAAGAGUGGUUCCUCUGUUCGAUGACAGCGAUGCUGUGCCACCAAGUGAGCCACCCACUCAGCCAAAACAGCGGAAGGCUGCGGCUACUCCAGUGGUUUCUUCUGCAAAGCAGAGAGAUUUGCAGGAGAAGGACAAAGAAAAGGAGGAGGCUCGCUUGAGGAAGCUGCGUGAGAAGUUUCGUGUUGAUGAGGGCAACAAAUACGACAAGCUGGCUCAUUCUGUGACACCACUGUGGCGGCAUCCUUACAGGAAACAGCUGAUGUUCAAGUACCAGGAUGUGAGCAAGCACCUCCAGCGUCUGGGCCAACAGCUGCGCAAAGUUGACGUUGCAUUUCCUGAGGACCCCAAUGGCUUGCCCUGCCCUCUGCGGCCUGUGCUACCCUCGCCCGUAGUGGAAGGCUACCGCAACAAGGACGAAUUCUCAAUCCGGCAAGGGCCCAGUGGCGAGCCCAAGACUGUGGGCUUCCUGGUUGGUAGCCCUGGUGAUCUGGACCAUGUGGUGUGUGUCAGCCCCGAGCACAUCGUCGUAUGCAAGGAUAGCCACAAGCGAGUAGCCAAGUCAUUUCAGGAGUACAUUCAGCGUUCCCCACUGCCUGGCUGCUAUGAGACCAACUUCCAGGGCUACUGGAAGCACCUGGUUGUGCGUUCCAACUCUGCUGGACAGCUCAUGGCCAUCGUCGUCAUGCAUCCACAGCAGCUGACACCUGAGGAGUUGUCAAAAGAGAAGGAAGGUCUGGUGGAGCACUUUGUCCGUGGCCCGGGCAGGGAGUGCAACCUGUCAUCCCUCUACUUCCAGGCCUGCCGCCACAGCCGGUGCACGCAUGACCAGGCACCCUUUGAGCUGCUGCAUGGCCAGCCCCACCUGGAGGAGACACUGGGCGACCUGCGCUUCCGCAUCUCUCCUGAGUCCUUCUUCCAGGUGAAUAGCCCAGUGGCAACGUACUUGUACGAUGCUGUGCGACAGCUGCUUCACCCAAAGCCUCAAGGCACCCUCCUGGACAUUUGCUGUGGAACAGGCACAAUUGGGCUCAGCCUGGCUCGUCAACUGCACUCGGUGUUUGGCAUGGAUGUCUCUGCACAAGCUGUCGAGGAUGCUGUGUACAACGCUCAACUAAAUGGCAUUAGCAAUGUGCAGUAUCAGGUGGGCCGCGCUGAGCUGCUGCUACCCGAGAUACGUCACCAGUUUGUUGCUGAGGAUCUUUGUGCUGUCGUCAACCCAGGUCGGGGAGGGCUGAACACUCGUGCCAUCCGAGCACUACGGGAGUACAAACAAAUCAAGCGCCUGGUCUACAUCUCCUGUAAGCCUGAGGGUGCAGCCAUGGACAACUUUGUUGAGCUGUGUGACAACCGGCCCAAGACCCACAAGUUGGGGCCUCCAUUCCGGCUGCAGCUUGCCUGUCCUGUGGACAUGUUCCCACAGACGCGACACUGCGAACUGCUGGUGCUCUUUGGACGAUCAUGACCAGAUGCUGCUGAAGGACCCCUGGAGGAUGCUGCUGCUAUGGGGGCUAGGCUAGUAAAAUAAAGCAGGACUCUAUAGGAACACUGA